AUGUUAUCAACGUUUGGUAAAGGGAAUAUCCACGAUAUACAGAAAAGAGGUCUUAUAUUUCCACCUACCAGUUUAUACGGGACUUUCGUAGCUAUAGCAGUACCUAUCGACAUUCCGGACAAGAACGUGUUCGUGUCUUACAACUUCGAGUCUAACUACAGCGUGGUUACAAACAUCACUGAGAUAGAUGAAGUACUCUUCCCUAAUCUACCAAUCAUCAGUUCCCGGCAAACCAGAAGUAUAACGAGGGAAUUGGCAUACACAGUUCUCGAGGCUAGAUUUAAACAACACGGCAUGAACGGCAAGGAAUGUUUGCUUCGGAACAUCUGUGAAGCGGCGGAGACCCCACUGCACCACAACGGCCUGCUCGGACACAUCAUGCAUAUCCUAUUCACGCCAUCAUCUUCGCGGGAGGAAGGUAUCGACGACGCAUACUACGAAGCAGAAUUAAACGGACAGAACGGAAACUGUGACAAAUACCUCGAUGAAUGCCCUUUCAGUUUAUUCGAUAUUGUGACACGAUUAGUUGAAACCAGACACUAG